GUGGUCGUUGAGACUCUUCAAAAUCAAAUUAGACGACAAACAACAAUGGUCAUUGCCGAUGAAGAACAAAAAUAAAACAAGAAAACAUUAAACCACUCAUCACCCCGAGGUGUCGGUGUCGGUGUCGGUGUCGGAUCUGAACAAAAUAAACAACUGCGCUAGUAUUUAGCGUUUCUGAGGUUACAUAAAAAUAACACCAAUUGACAUUGCCGCCAGCAGCAGCUACACUGUGGGCCCGUUGCCAACGACACCAACAUUACGGGUCAGUUGCUGUUGAUUUUUAAAAAUAAGCCACAGGCAUGUGCAACAUAGGCGGCGAGCUUUACAAUCUGCCCAUAGCGGGGCUCAGCACAACUGUCCCCUGCCUACGCGAAGCUGCACCAGCAACUAACUGUAUUUAUUAGUCUCGCAAUGUUCGUCGUCGCGCACGUGGCUAAGCAGAAGAUUGAGCGCAAAGUGAAAUCUAAAACCAAAAGCAAACGCAAAAUCGUCCGUCCAUCAUAUUUUUAACUCUACCAGAUAGGAGAGCCCAAGGAAGGAAAACAGCAGCAUUUGCAACGUAUUCAUUCAAAUUUAGUCACACGCACAGACAAGCAACACACGCACAUACACACACGCACACAUAUUUGUGUGUGUUGCAGCCUUUGCCGCAGUCAUAAAAUAAUCAAGAAGCCAAAGCAGCAGCAGCAGCAGGAUAGCUAGGAGGGGUCACAAAACGGCAAAUGCUGACGAAAGAACUCCACUGGGACGCAUCAAGCAAUUAGAAAAGGUUCACUCACACACACACAUAUAUACAUACACACAGACGCCCACAUGUGUGCGGAUUGAGGACGGGCCCACUGCCAAUAACCCAAGUACUGCUAAAGCCUGUUAUACGCGCCUUAAACAACAGGAUUUGUGAGCCCACUAUGCGUGUUGCCGAAGCCAUUGCCGCUGCCGCCCACUAAACUGUCUGAGUUUGAAGCACAAAAACCCAUUUCGUCGUCCUACUCAUCGUUGUCGGCGCUGCGAGGGACAUUUAGUCUAAUCGACUGACGCACAGCUGCAGCGUUGCGUCAAGCCAUUAGCCAGGCAUGGAUCCAUUGCCCUGCUGCGAUUGCCGCCAGAGCUAACGACAACGACAACGACAGCGACAAGAGCGAGCAGCCGGAAAUGCAGGCAAAGAGAGAGACAGAGAUCAAGCAAUACCAAAAAAAAACAGCAAACCCUAACAAAGAGAAUCCAAAACGCGAAAUCGAACUUUCCCUGUGAUAUAACUGCACCGUAAUCGUAAUUGUAACCGUAAUCGACACAAACGUACACUUAACUUACUAAGGAUAACACACGCUGCUCGCUCAUACUUUUUGGAAUAUUUUGGUACCAGACCAGCGCCGCCUGCCCGCCCUUUAUAGAGAGGGUCAGCCAAUUAUAGACACGCAUAGUGAGGACCUUCGUUUAAGUCCAACGCGAAGCGGUCCAAUCACACGAUGGGUGAUGAACGUGAGAUACGCAGCACCAAGGAGAAACUGCUUUUCUAUACCACAGCCUUUUUCAUACUGCUGGGCACAUUCAGCAUGUUCGCCUUUCUCUUCUUGGUGCCGUUUGUGAUUGAACCCGCCUUCACGACCAUAUUUAUGCAGUUCGAGGAAGUGCCGGCGCUCUGUGAAACCUACGACACUGAGAUAUUCUACGGCGCCAAGAAUUGCUCUUGGUCUUCAUGUCGCGAAGGCUGCACCAAGGACAUCUACACGUGCACCCAAAUACGGGUGAACUAUCGUUUAAAUCUCUACAACUACACCGAUGAGUUUAACUUCACGGAGUAUCACAUUAAUCUUAAGGAGGCGGAACGCGUAAUACCGCCGGUGAAACGCACAGAUCGCUAUGAGCGAGCGCUUCGGGACUACGAAUACGAUAAUCUGGGUGGAGAUGGUAGUGAUCUGGACGUCGGCAUGGCUGGCGGUCGGCUGGAGCAGCUGAACUUUGGUGACGCCGACGGUUCCAAUGGCUUUCUGAUCGAGGACUCAGACGAUGCGCACAGUCUUAGCGCGACGGGCACCCUUAUCAAUGGGGAACGGCGCCCGUUCGAUGAGAUAUCGGAGCUCAACGAGGGCCUGAUGGGCAAUAACUCUAUGUACUUUUACAUAGGAGCACGCCUAUUUCCAAACGUCAAGGGUUGUGGCUAUCCGCCCAUGCUCAACUGCACCAUUUGGCUGAAGCGCUACACUAAGAUCGGGAUAAAGUUUCCCUGCUACUAUUCGAAGGUGGAUCCCAGUCUAGUCAUCAGUGACUUAGACUACUGGCAGAACACACUGAAUCUCGUCUACUCGAUGGCUAUUCCGAUACCCUCGUUCAUUAUAUCGGUCAUCUACCUAACAUACGCCUAUUUCAAAAUUUACAACGAAGACGAGGAGACAGCACCCCUCGACAAGAAUGCCGAAGAUAUGGAUAUCGAUGAUAUCGAUGCUGUAGACGAUAGCGAUGGAGCUGUCUUGGCGGAUAAUGUUGCCGGCAGUCAAAUUAUUAAUAUGGACUCCACGACCAACGACAGCUGUCUGGAGGGUGUGCUGCCAAACGGUGGUGCCGGCAUGACAACUUCAAUAUCCCAGGGCGGCUCAGUUGCCACGCCCGGGCCAUAUAUGACACAAUCGCCGGUGGGAUCACAAUUAACGCCCAACUCAGAGAUAAACUCAUUUGGACACCAACUAAAAGUUCAAAUGGCAGACGAAUUAUCCAGAGAUUCCCUGGAGAAUGGUGUCCUAUCCACAUCAAAUUCUGUUCAAGGAAACUUGAGCAAGACGAUGACGACGAGUAUCUCAACUCCUCCUGGGCCGACAGCGGCAGUCUGAAACGUCAGGCGCAUGGUCUGGAAAAUGUUAGAUUCCGAUUCGGAAAAUGAGCCUCUACUGGAGUCCUAGGGCAUCCAAGAAGUUAGAUUUACAAAUAUGUGUGGAGCAAGCAAAACAAGAACACUAGUAAAAAUUAUUUUUAAGAUAAACAAUCGACAACAAUGCAUGUAAAUGCGACCGAACCUGAAUACCUUCAGAGACAAAACUAUGAUAGAUUAUAUUUACCACAAAUAUUUAUAAACAACUUAAAACAGCUAAUCACACACGAACAGAAUAAACACAUACGCAUUCAAAUACACGCCCUCAUAGGAGUACGAUUGACACAUCCAAUUCAAAGCUAACUACAAUUAUGUAUUAAUAUACCAAAACCACGAUAUGGAUUUAACUACUCGAAUGAUACAUACAUGCAUGAAUACAAUACAUUGCAAUAUUUAGGAAAACUGAGGAGCUGCUUCACACAAAGACACUGGCAUUGAAGUGUUACUUUGAUUGGUACAAAUACAAUAACAGCAACAAAAGUAUAUACAUACAUACCUACGUAUUUUAAAGGGAAAUGCAAAUAAUAUACACACAUACAUAUUUACAAAUAUUUACUUAAAUUAUUUUUCUAUUCGCAACAGUCGUCGUGUCACGAAUAUGAAAAUUGCAAAUAAUUUACACGAAAGAUCAAAAGAUCGGGGCGCUGAAGAUUUUAACGUAAUGCAUAAAACAAGUGCUUCAUUUGCCUCUUACUCCAAAUGAAACAUAAACAAAACAAAAGCAUAUGUAAUUAAUUUAUAAACUAAUAGUAAUAAUAAACUAAAAGCUAUAUUAUAAAUAAAUUGUUAUCCUUCUAAUUAAUGCGGAUAAAAACUCACAGCUUUAACUAACAGAAACAGAGGCAAAAGAUUUUUC